AUGCGGAAGAAGUUCAGCGGAUUUUCGUCGGUUAUAAAUAUAUCGAGAGAAGAGAAGAGAAAAAGAAAAAGAAGUCAAGAUUUAUCCGUCCAAAAAUUCUUUCCUCUCCUCUUCUUGUUCUUCUUGUCCUUGUUCUUGUUCUUCUUUGAUGGCGUUGAUGGCGUUCGCGCCACAGAAAAAGAAGAACAGGACAACGACGAGCUCUUGCGAAAGUGGUUGCAUUCGUUGCAGUUGAAAAUCCCAAACGAAAGCUUUUCCACGUUCGACGAUAAAAUCGUUGUAUCUCUAACGGGAAUCGAGUGUGAAAACUUCACGACCAAAGACGUAAAGUCUUGGUUUUCAUCCUCCUCAAAUUCGGUUGGUAUUCUUGAUGACAAUGAUAAUGAUAACGAUAAUGAUAAACCGUCUUUGCACGCGCACGUGAUUGAUUUUGGCGCGAGUUGCAGCGGAGUGUGGACGGUUUCGACGACAUCAAAUACCAAAGGAGUAGGAGGAAAAGUCAACGCGGAAGUCACGGAAGGCAAUUUGCAAGUUGACGCUGAGUUUGUUGAUAGAGAGCCAGAUGAUAGCCAAAAUACGAACGACGACGACGACGAUAACAGUAACAACAAGAAAUAUAAGCUUCCAAAGACGGUUCGAUUUCCGAAAUGUUCCAUGCAAAUGGAGGUUGAUGGUUUACAUUUUGCGCCAUCGUCUAGAACCGAUGAGAUUGCAAAGCUAUUGAACAAAGCUGCGCCGGAAAUUGCGAAAGCGAUGCAGAGUAUGUUCGCAAAAGUCGCGUGCGAGAAAAUUCAAAGCGUCGAGAAAGACUCGAAAACGCUCGCUUUUUUCGAAAGUGUCCACAACUACAUCGAAAAGAACUUUUUAGCAGAGGUAAAAACACCUGACUCAUCGAAUUCAAGCUCAUCAUCGAGUGAUAUCGAUGAUCGCGACAGUGACAACGACAGUAAUGAAAUCUUCAACUGGGACGAUUCAACGUUAAUCCGCGUGUUGAACUUCAUCAGCUCAGAGUACAUCGGUACGAGCGGCCCGCGGAGUCUCAAUCAGUUCAUAAAAUGGUUUUCAAAUCACACGGGGAUCUUAUUCGUACCUCGCGAGAAAUUAGUCGAUAAAGAAACGGGCGAACCUUAUUUCGUGUUAUCGAAAACUUACGACGUCAAUCAGGGAGAGGAUGUUUCGUUAUUACGGUCGAUAUCGUUUGCGAUAACGGAAGUUGAAUUCGUUGGGCUCGAUACCGCGGAUAUUUUAUACGGACCCGUAGCGGGUGGGCAUUACGUCACAAAGGCAGCGGUUACUAGUAACGUCUCAUCAUCUUCAUCGUCGUCGUUAUUAGGUUUCUCGGUGGGGUGGAAUCAAACGCGUAUAGUGAUGAAGGGUCGGCUGGAAAUCGUUCCCGCAGCUCGAGACUCAAUUUCUUCGACAAACCAAAACAACAGCUGGAUCGAAAACGUCACAUUAUCUCUCGAAAUAGACGAUAUGGAAAUUGGAAUGGAUGUCGACUUACGCGUCGUUGAGAAAAAAUGGCAAUUGUUGACGCAAGAGCAGUUCAAAAAUAUGGCUUGUUUGUUUGGUAUCGUUGAAAAGUUUGACAUCGAGCGAUUGUUAUGGGACGGCAAGAUUGGUCGGUUGAAAAUAAUCGAUAGCGAUACAAAUAUUAGUAGUAGUGAUAGCAGUAGCAGCAGCAGCAGCAGUAGCGAUGAGAACAACUUAGAGGUUGAUCUGCAAUCAGCGAUUUCUAACCUCUCCGAGUUGAUUACGACUUCUUAUCAAAACGUAGUUUCCGUGAUUGCAGCCGGCGAGUUCAAAGCUGUUCUAGAACCGUUAUUGAACGCGCUCAUACUGGAGAAGUUCUACGAGAUUAGUAGACAGGAGUGUCCAAAACAGAACGUAAAAUCUUUGGAGUUGAUUAAAACCGCGAAUACGGUUGUAUCGAUAUUCUUCUUUAUUCUUGGUUUGAGUUGUAUCGCACUCGCGUUAUUGACAUACUUCGUCGUUCCAGCCUCGUUCAUACGAAAACUCAAUCGUCAAGCGAUGAAGAAGCUGAAAGCGCGGGAGAUGCACGAUCCAUUCGAUGAUGAUGACAUCGAUGGUGAUGGCACAAUCGUUUUUGCGCAUGAGUCAGAUGAAGAUACGAGCAGCAACGACGACGACGACGACGAAGCGUUACUUAAUGAUACUAUUGGUGGUUCGAAGCACAAACAGGAGCAGCAGAAAAAGGAGGAUAGUAAUAAGAAAACGCAUAGUAGAAAUCGUUCAGGAUCGGCAAUUCUAGCUUCAUUAUUGACCACAAACGAGUCGUCAGAUUCGUACUCGGACGGCGACGCGUUUGCGAAUAAUGAUGAUGAUGAUGAUGAUGGUGAUGAUGAUGAACGAGAAGAAGAGCGACGGAAACGCAGAAGCCAACGCGAGGAAUACACCAUGCGCUUUCCGGAAACCGCCUGGCGAACACACACAUCGAGAGGGAAGAAGGCAGAUGAAAUGCGAAGCACGCAAAGAAACAAGUCUUCGAGGUACAAGAAGCUUUUUUCGAUGGAAGAUUCGUUAUCGAAAUCGACACCAGUAAACUCUCGAUGGUCGUUGCGAUUAUUGUUUAUCGCCAACGUUCUUUUGUUUUUGAGUGCGAAUAUGGAUUCGGGGGCAUCAGUGUCGCUGUUUGCGACGCUGACGACGCCAGUCAUUGAUUCUGCGUCUACUAUUCCUUCUUCGGAGCGGUCGUCGCCGCCUUCUUUGAACGACGCGCUUCUCAGCGCCAUCAAAGGCGGACGAAAGAGUUUAUUGUAUGCUAAUACUUCAUCGUCGAGUACUACCAACGACAAUAAUCCGCAGCAGCAGCAACCACAAAGACAAAAGUAUAACGUCAUUCAAGCCUCGCGUGAGGAUCUCUUCAACUUCUCCUUAGUCGGCACGGUCAGAGACAUGUGGCACGCUAAAGUGUACGCUAUUGCGAUUUGCAUUGUUCUCUUUUCUGGCGUCUGGCCGUACGUGAAACUGUUGUCGAUGUUUGUUUUAUGGGAAAUCAGCGGCAAGAACGUUAAAGCAUCAACCAGAGGCAAAUGUUUAAAGUUUGUCGAUCGACUCGGUAAAUGGAGCUUGUUUGAUUCGUUCGUGAUGACAAUGUUUAUGGUUGGUUUUCGAUUCCAUUUACACGUGACUGAAGAUGAUGAUGAUUACGACGACGCAUCUAAAAAGUUGUCACCGUCAUCGUUUGGAGAUUUGGACGUCGUCGUUACUCCAAAACGAUCGUUUUACGUCUUUCUCUUCGCGACCGUUCUCUCCUUGGUUCUGGGACACGUAACUCUUUUUCUUCACCGCAAAUCGGUUCGAUCAAAAACUGAAGUUGACGAUACCGCGACGCCUUUGUGGCGAAGAGACGUGAACAGACCGUCGGUCUUGUUACGAACGAAAAUGGCGGCGGCACAAGCCGUCGGUGUUUUUCUCUUGUUAGUAGCCGCGAUUGUUUUUCUCGCCGUUGGUGUGAACAUACCGUCCAUCAAGUUUGAUUUCUUGGGAAUUGCAGGAUACGCGCUCGGGUCGAGCGAAAAGACUCGAUCGUAUUCGUUGGUCAAGUUGGCUGAAGCUUUACCGCACGCGAGCAUCGAUAAAUACGCGGGUGGAUCUGCGACAAUGACAUCAAGCGAGACCAUAACCAUCUUCUUCCAACACGUAGGCCCGCGCUUCAUACAAUCGACGUUAUAUGUCUUUGCGGUCGUCGCGCCUUUAGCGCAACUAUUGAUCUUAUGUUUCCUUUGGAUUUGGCCUUUGACUCCUCGAAUGCAACGAAGAGUACAAACGAUGGCUGAAAUUUUCAGCGCUUGGUCCUCUUUAGACGUCGUUUUAUUCGCCGUCGUUGCCGCUAUGCUUCAAAUCAAACAAUUCGCCAAUUUUGUCGUCGGUGGGGGAUGUCUAAAGUUCAACACCAUGUUAGCCUCAAUAGGAGGCACCGGUCAAACGAGCGAUUCGUCUUCGAACGCCGACAGACAACAAAUCGAUGACGAUUGCUUCGAUUUAGACACGUACUUCGAACCCGGGUGUUGGCUUUUAGUGUCGAGCGCAAUGAUGGCAAAUUUUGUUGGCAUAUGGGUCAUGAAAAGGUGCGAUCAAUCCGUCGCCAGUAACGCCUUGCGCUUGCGAACGUCCUUGUUGAGAGGCUUAAAACGCGACGACGACGACGACCAGGACGAGGAGGACGAUGACGAUGACGAUGACGAUGAUAGCGAAGAAUUAAGUUUAUAA